GUCGAAACCACAAACUCCACCCAAGUGUAAGCUUUUUUGUAUUUGUACAAUUUUAUUUUGGUGCCAUAAUUGUAAACGCGCAUGGUCAAACGCAAGUGUAAUAAUACAGUAUUUUCGAAUUCAAAUGAUUAUCUUACACAACUUUUUGUACUUUUAGUUUUAAGUAAAAUCGUUUGGGAAACAUCUUCGUCGUCAACGACGCUCAGCGACAAGAAUAGACAGGCACAGGUUAUAAUCAGGAAACGGAAGCUAGAAACAGAUUGCAUAUCCGAACCUUGGUGGGUGCCAGUCAUACUUGCAAACGAUAUAAAAGACUUCAAGGACAUUAAAAAAGUUAAAAUGAAGACUCUUUGGGUAAUUGGUGGUCCAGGCUGCGGGAAAGGAACCCAAUGCGAUAAAAUUAUUGAAACAUACGGAUUUAUUCAUAUCAGCAGUGGAGACCUUCUGCGAGAAGAAGUUGCCAGUGGAAGUCCCAGAGGCGCUUCUCUUCAGGAAUUAAUGUCCAAGGGUCUCUUUGUUCCGACUGAAAUUGUGCUGGAACUCAUUAAGGAAAGAAUGAACAAAGCAAAGGCAGAAAAUCCAUCAGCAAGGGGAUUUCUGAUUGACGGAUAUCCUCGAGAAAAGGAACAAGGAAUCCAGUUUGAAAAAGACGUAUGUCCAGUUGACCUUAUUCUCUUUUUUGAUGUGACAAACGAAACCUUAUUAAAAAGAUUAUUAGGACGUGCAGCAGCUGCAGCCACCCAAAGGGCAGACGAUAAUGCAGAAACCAUAAAAAAGAGGAUCGAAAUCUUCAACGAAAAGAAUGGAGCAAUUGUCGAACAUUUCAAAGAUAAAGUUGUCCGAAUUAAUGCUGAAGGAGCAGUGGAAGACGUAUUUGCUCAAGUGACGAAUGCUUUGGACUUCCUUUUAGCCGCUUAAACUUUUACUACUUACAAUUUUAGAACAAAUUGAACUUUUUAAACGUUCGCACUUUUCGUUGAUUAGGGACCAUCCAUAAAUUACGUAACACUUCAUGGGGGG